AUGACCACACCUGCUAUGAUUUCCCAAGAGGCAAAAACUGAUGUGAAACAGGUUUCUGUGGCUACAGUUCCUAGUAGUUCCAUGCCUCAUAACACACCAGAUACAACUGCAAAAGAAGUUCCCACUACUGAACAGAUCCUGGAUUUGGCAACUUCAUCUAGUAUAACAAAGGAAGAUGCUUUUGAUGAUAACCUUCCUGUUUCAACCUUCUUUGAGGGCAGUGCUAUGGAAGAAGGCUCUGAAUUCCUAAUGGUCCAGGAAGGUUCAAAAAUCUUCACAACGUCAGAUUACCAAUCCAUGAUCACUGGGGACACUAAAAUGACGCAGAUUAAUAAUAUUUCACAGUGUGUCUGUCCAGCAAUACCUGGUCCGCCUGGUCCAAAGGGACCAAAAGGUGACCAGGGUCCCCCAGGACAAAAAGGACUAACUGGAAAAAUUGGACCAACUGGCAAACCUGGCAAUCCUGGCCUUCCAGGACCUCAGGGACCACCAGGACCAGUAGGUCCCCCAGGGCCACCAGGUUCAACUCUUCCUAAAGUAAUAGACUUCACUGAUACCAAGGAUGGAAAAGACAAGAGAGUCACUUUUGUAGGAGGGCCUCCUGGUCCACCAGGUAUAUCUGGUCAACCAGGGCAUCCAGGACCCCAAGGAUACCCAGGACCUGAAGGCCCUCAAGGUGCCCCUGGCCUCCCAGGACAUGAAGGCCAGCAGGGGGCUCCAGGGCUUCCAGGGGCUCCAGGCCAACCUGGUCCUCCAGGAGCCACAGGAGCAACAGGUAUUCCAGGGCCAGUGGGGUCAGAGGGCCCUCCAGGAAUCACCGGCCCUGAAGGUCAUGCAGGAAUUCCAGGCCAGAUUGGGUCACCAGGAUUACCAGGCUUCCCUGGACCAGAAGGUCCUCCAGGAAUAAAUGGAUCUCCCGGAAAGAAUGGACCAAAGGGGGAGAAAGGAGACCGUGGUGAGCCUGGGUUGCCAGGCAAACCAGGACAGACUGGAGAAAAGGGAGCUCAGGGUCCACCUGGGCCUGCAGGUCCUCCUGGCUUACCUGGUGAUAAUGAAUAUAAUUCUAAAGCCUGUGUUCAAGGCCCUCCUGGUCCUAAGGGUGAAAAAGGAGAACCAGGAAAAAUGGAAUGUAGCACAUGUGGCAAGGAUGCAAGAAAUGACAUUGAUUCUUGGGUAGCUUUCAUCUACCAAAAGGGACGUCCAGGCCUCCCAGGAAACCCUGGCCCUCCAGGCCCUCCAGGCCCACCGGGUGCACUUUAUAUAAAUAGAGUAUACCCUGUCCGACCCAGGCCACAUUGCAAGCAGCCGGUGAACCAGGAUCCAUGUUUUGAUUCAGAUAUAGAACCAAUUAUGAAGGAUUCCCCUGACAAAAGCCAGAAUGGAUAUAAG